UGAGGCAGAGGGAGACUCGCCCAGGAUCAGCAGCGUAAAGCGGGGAGCGCAGCAGAGACGAGGCGCGGCGCAGGGAGUAGCGGUGCUCGUCCUUUACUAGUCCAGAGCGAACAGGCAGCCUGUUCGGCGUUUCACCACUAAACCAAAUGCCAGGUCCUACCCAAGCACUGUCCCCAAAUGGAGAGAACAAUAACGACAUCCUGCAGGACAAUGGAACCAAUAUCAUCCCUUACAGAAAGAACACAGUGCGGGGAGAGCGCGCCUACAGCUGGGGAAUGGCGGUCAACGUGUAUUCUACCUCAAUCACCCAGGAGACUAUGAGCAGGCAUGACAUCACUGCCUGGGUGAACGACCUGCUCUGCCUAAACUACACGAAAGUAGAGCAGCUCUCUUCAGGCGCUGCUUACUGCCAGUUUAUGGAUAUGCUAUUCCCUGGAUGCAUCAGUCUUAAGAAAGUGAAGUUCCAGGCCAAGCUGGAGCAUGAAUACAUUCACAAUUUCAAACUCCUGCAAGCUUCCUUCAAACGGAUGAAUGUAGACAAGAUUAUUCCAGUAGAGAAACUUGUUAAGGGACGAUUUCAAGACAACCUGGACUUCAUUCAGUGGUUCAAAAAGUUCUUUGACGCCAAUUACGAUGGGAAGGAGUAUGACCCUGUGCAGGCACGACAGGGUCAAGAUGCCAUUCCUCCCCCAGACCCCGGAGAGCAGAUCUUCAACCUGCCAAAGAAGUCCCACCAUGCAGCCAGCUCCCCGACUGCAGGAGCUACUAGAUCAGCAGCUUCUUCAACAACUCCUAAAACGUCUACGUCGACCUCACGACCCUCUUCAGCUAAAAAGAUCCCCGUGCUGUCAACAACCCCUGCCAAAGGAGAGAAGGAGCUGGAGGCUCAAGUAGCACAGCUUAAUGAUCAGCUGAACACAAUAAAGCUUGCACUAGAGGGCGUGGAGAAGGAGCGGGACUUCUACUUCGGGAAGCUGCGGGAGGUGGAGCUGCUCUGUCAGGAGCAGGGUCAGGAUAACGGGCCCUUUGUGGAGAGACUUAUGGAAGUGCUGUACUCCACAGAUGAUCAGGAGGCCAGUGCAGAAGGAGAGGAACACGAGGCGCUGGCACAGGAAGCAGAAGUCCCCGAUGAUACACAGGAUGAAUACUGAAAACACACACACACACACACACACACACCAUUUGUGAGUUUUUCCUAGAGCCACUACUUCCCUCCAUCACGUUUUCAUUUUUCUUGACCGUACGAGAACAGGAGAAACAGCUCCGGAAGGCUAUUGGACUUAUUUUUUUGUUUUGUGACGGUUUGGUUGACGUGCUAAAUCUCGUUCUUGUACACGAAUCUGUGCUGAAUCUGCAAAUCGGCCCUUCCACAUUUCCCUCCCAGAGGAUCGUAAGGCUGAACUAAGAGGCUUUCUUUCUCUCCACAGCACUGUUGACUUGUGAUGUUACAGUUAUGAAGGACUGAACUGCUUUUUCUUUUCUGUGGACUGUCGGGUUUCUUUUUCGCCCGUAACUAAUGCUGAUUACAUGUUUGAAGUUGACAUAUCACGCCGAGUAAUCAGGAAAACAAUCUGCAAUAAGUGGAGCCCUGUGUUAGUGACAAUAAUUAGCCUCCAGUAACUUCAGCAUUCUGCUUCUCUACCUGAUAUAGAGCUGUGUGUGUUAGUAAUAUUCAGUAGCGCUCUGGAACACAGCGGUUGCAGGUUGCAGUUUCUGCACAUCACAGUAGUAAUCAGUGAACUAUGAUGAGAAACGUUGGACAGAACGGCUCUAUUGCUCUCCCUGAUCCUCAUCAUCAUAAAAUACCACAUAAAAGAUAAUAAUAAUAAUGUAAGCUGUCUCAACUUCACAAUGAUAGAAGUUAUGUAUUGCUAUUAGGUCAAACUGAAUUUCAGUUUCAGCCAUGUAGUUUGUUUUGCAUUAUUUGGCUAGAUUACACUUUUUGUUAUUUUUAGAAGCCACAAACUUCAAAAAAAAAAAAAAAACAUGUAUAUUAAAAAUAUUUUAAUAUAAUUUUAAAGUACAGUUCUUAGCAGAAUUACCGGUCUCUCCACUGAACUACUGGACAGAAUCCAGUACGCCAGUGUGCAUCGUAUACUGUUCCAUCCUGUUGCAUUUAGUUCCAUUACUGAGCUACACAGAUCAAGUCAUUUACUAUUGUGUACAAUGAAAAGGAAUGUAAACAUAUGUACUGUUAAUAAUUAUUAUAAAUAGAAAAUGUUCUUUUUUCUGUAUGUAUCCCUACAUUAUGCAUUCCCCAAACUGUGUUGCAUGUUUUCAUUUUAUUUGUGAAUAACUCGACCUGCUUUUUACAUAUUUAAUAAAAAAAAUGUUAUGUGUUUUUUGUAUGUUUAACCUGCUAUUUUAAAUCUCUGGAGAGAUGGAUGAACUUGCCGUAAUAAAAAUCUGUCACUUUCAAA